AAGGUCAAGGUCGAGUUUGUUAUGCAAAAAUAAUAAAGUUUCUUAAAUCAUUCUACAGACUUUUCGAUCAAUUUACAAUGAUGGCACUUCGGCAUUUAUUUAAACACUUAACAGCUGAUAAACUGGUAUCAGUGUCAGCGGUAUGUCCACGUCUGGCUUCAAAUUCAGCAGCAACUAAAGCUGAUGCAAAACAGAAAGUUGAAUCAGCACAGUUUGACUGGAGAGAUGCUUUAAAUCUUGAAAGUCAACUGACAGAUGAAGAGAAGAUGGUGAGAGAUCAGUUCAAACAAUAUUGUGAUGAUAAACUCAUGCCCAGAAUUCUUAUGGCCAACAGGCAUGAAGUUUUUCAUCCUGAGAUAAUGAGAGAAAUGGGAGAAGUUGGGGUGCUCGGACCUACAAUAGAAGGUUAUGGCUGUGCUGGGGUAUCAUCAGUAGCAUAUGGUCUCAUUGCUCGGGAGUGUGAAAGGGUAGAUAGUAGUUACAGAUCAUGUAUGAGUGUCCAGUCAUCACUUGUCAUGCACCCAAUUAAUGCUUAUGGUACAGAAGAUCACAGACAGAAAUACUUGCCCAAACUUGCAACUGGGGAGUUGAUUGGGUGUUUCGGUCUUACAGAACCAAACCAUGGUAGUGAUCCAUCAUCUAUGGAAACAAAUGCUGUAUUCAAUGAAUCAUCUAAGACUUUCACCCUGAAUGGCUCCAAAUCCUGGAUCACAAACUCUCCUAUAGCAGAUGUGUUUAUUGUGUGGGCGAAAAAUAAGGCAGAAAAUAACAGAAUACGAGGGUUUAUCCUGGAGAAGGGCAUGAAAGGAUUAUCUGCACCAAAGAUUGAAGGGAAGUUUUCACUUCGAGCUAGUAUUACAGGACAGAUAGUAAUGGAGGAUGUAGAAGUGCCUGAAGAGAACAUGUUACCUAAUGUUAGUGGGCUAGCUGGUCCUUUUGGCUGUUUGAACAAUGCACGUUAUGGUAUAGCAUGGGGAGUUCUUGGUGCCGCUGAGUUUUGUCUUGAAGCAGCUAGGCAAUACACAUUAGACAGGAAACAGUUUGGACGACCACUAGCUAAGAAUCAGUUGAUGCAGAAGAAGAUGGCUGAUAUGUUGACAGAAAUCACAAUAGGGUUACAGUCAUGUAUACAGGCAGGCAGACUGAAGGAUGAUGGAAGGAUAACUCCAGAGAUGAUCUCAUUGAUCAAGAGGAACUCCUGUGGUAAAGCUUUAGACAUUGCACGUGUUGCACGAGAUAUGCUGGGAGGUAACGGAAUCUGUGAUGAAUAUCAUGUUAUAAGACAUGUCAUGAAUCUCGAGGCAGUAAAUACAUAUGAAGGUACUCAUGAUAUUCAUGCAUUGAUUCUUGGUCGUGCGAUCACGGGUCUACAGGCAUUUACAGCUGAUAUAUGAGAUUAUGAUAAGUGACUGACUUGCCUCUGUGAUAUUUAUUCAAGGUUUCUUCAUCAUCAAUGAACUUCCAAUCUACAAAGAUGCAAGAUAUUUUGUUUAAGAAAAUGACAUAUUCUUGCAUUUUGUGACUUUUCAACAUAUCAGAACAAUGAAAUUUUUCUGAGAAGAUCUGAUAUUAUGUGUAUUGUUUGACUGUAUUGUUAGUUCAUCACAGUCUUUGUUUCUAGAAAUUCAUUGAUGUUUGUGUAUGUGUUUGUGGGAAUUUUUUGUUAAUGCUGUCAGUAUUGUUGAAUAACCAAAACUUAUUAAGUUGCAAUGAUAACUACUGUCUGAACUGUUUUUCAUUUGAAACUUUGUUUUUGCUAACUGUCUAAAGAAAUGUGAAAGAAAUCACAUGAGCAGUGAUUUGCUAAUGUACUCUGCUGAACUUGAACAAAAAUAGCAUAGGAGGAAAGCAAUGUUAUUCAUUUGUAUGUAGUGUGCAGUGGUGACAAAAUUACUCAAAGGAAAUUAUUUGAAAUUAUCUUAGAAAUGUUUAUUCAUUGAUUUUAAAUACUUUUUAUAAAAAGAUAAGAAUGUAAUGACAAAGUGGCAUACUUGGUAACCAAGUAAGUAUCUUAUUCUAGUCAAAUGUUGCAGUAUAAAGAUUGAAAUAAUUUGUCCAAAAUAAUAUAUUUUAUUAGAAAGAUUUUUUAUAUGGAAUACAUUACUUCUUUAAAUGAUGGAUCAUUGUAUAAUUAAUAUAGUAUUAUGCCACAAUCAUUAAAACUCAGAACAAAAUA